GUGGUGUAAAGCGCGAUAACUCUAAUGGACACGUUUUACAACGACAGAUGACGAGGAAAAGUUUAAAAAGUUUGUUUUUAACAUUUGCUGUUAUUUUUUCGACAGCUCUGAGCUCAGAUGUGAAGUUGGCCACUACUCCAGAUAUCAACCUGCUGUAUACCUCGGAUAAUCUUUUUAUGCAGAUAGUAGAGCCUGAAGAAAUAAGCUACGUUUAUAAAAUCAGGCCAGCAAGAAACUUUGGUGUAGAUUUUGAGAAGGUUUAUCACCAUAUCCCUUUAGUAGUUGCUAACCCCUACAAUGGAUGUAGUGAAUUGCUCAAUAAGCGACGUGUAGAUGGAGCAGUGGUCUUGAUACAAAGAGGUGACUGUUCCUUUGUGACCAAGACAAUCAAUGCAGAGAAUGCAGGGGCGGUGGCGGUCCUGAUUACGGACAACGAUGCUCAGAACGACGAGGCUCAGAUACAGAUGGUACAGGACGGCACAGAGAGGGAGGUCCAGAUCCCCAGCCUCUUCCUGCUGGGCAAGGACGGAUACAUGAUUAAAGCAACCCUGGAAAAGUAUCGAAUGGAUAGCGCCAUUGUAAACAUUCCUUUCAACAUCACAGGAAUGCCCAUGAUGAUCAACAACCAACCUCCAUGGACACUUUGGUGAUUCUGGUCUCUGCACCAAACCAGUUCUGCCAUUAACCCAAUCAACAAUUAACCUCUAUGGACUCUCUGGUGAUGAUCCUGGUCAAGGCACCAAAUCAGUUUAAUUAUUAACUCAGUCAUCCCACCUCCGGACCAAAUGUAAAUGAAAUAUAAAAUAUGCCUUUAGUCCCUGCCCAUCCACUCUCUCAAUGUGGGCUUUACUAUUUAGAUGAUUCCAAUAUAAUUAGAUAAAAAGUUAUUCCUGAAUUGCCUUUCUUUUAUCAACCUAACUGUGAUACUCUGGAUAGUCUUACAUCAUUUGCUAGUAUUCAUAUUAAUAUAUUACCAGUAUACAUGUAUUUCUGACUUGGUCAGUGGUAAGCAAUAAGAAACAAAUAUCAUAUAUUGUUAUUUGAAACUCUGUUGAAUGAAUGAGAUUGAUAUUUUUGUAACCCAACUUUGCAUGGUUUGGCAGCUUACACUUGUGGUUAUGGAGAUGAAAUACAAACUGGUGCACUUGUUACAAUUUUUUUAGUGGUGAAUGGUGUUGUAUAUGAACAUGUCUCUUCUCCUAUUUUCCUAAUUGCAGAAUGUUUAUGAUCUCUGAAAUCCUGCUUAUCAAAGUGCUGUUAAAUUUAAUGUGAUAUGAUUGAGAUGCAAUUUUCUGUCAGGAUUCUUUAUUGUAAAAUUGUAAUUUUCUACAUAAGUAGACCCCUUAACCCCCCCCCCC